AAAGACAGACAGAAAGACAGACAGAAAGACAGAAAAACUGAAGGACAGAAAGAAAGACAGAAGGAAUGAAAGAGGCACAAAACAGGUGGACAAGUUGAGGAAAAGAGGCAGUCAUUUGAAAGCCUGUGAUGGAGUGUGUGCCGCUUGUUAAGCACAGGUCACACACAGAUAGUUAUCCAAGCCCAGGUUUGUCAGAGUGGCAUGCCCUCUCUUGCUCCUCUUCAAAGGUGAAAUGCAGCAAGAGUGGAGGGAGAGAGAGAGAGUGGAAAAUGAGAGAGUGUCUAGAUAAGUGUUUGGAUAGACACAGGAUAGACACAGGAGUUAAUUUGUUGACUGACAGAUCAAACUCAAAACAUUGACUGGCCUUGGGCUCCACACCAGGGAGGGAAGGCACCAGUGGGAGUGGCUGGCUUUCGACUGAUGGGACAGACAGCUCACCAGAGAAUCCGGAAGGAGGGAGAGAAUGAGGGAGGAGUGCGGAGGCUGCCACGAUACUAUUGGACGAGAUGUGCCAUCUCACGGCCCAGUCGCUGACAUCACUGGAGACCUCGGACCACUUCCAGGUGGUCAAGAUGUUAGGGGAGGGGUCGUACGGGAAGGUCAUGUUGGCUGUACAUCGGGAAAGAGGCACUCCAAUGGCCCUGAAGUUCUUUCCUCGUGAUUCCACAAAUCUCUUCUCCUUUUUGCGAGAGUAUAACCUCUCCCUCUCCUUCUGCACCCACCCGUCCCUGACCAAGGCCCUGGGCAUUGCCUUCUCCACCCCCUCACAUUACGUUUUCGCCCAGCAAGCCAGCCUCUUCGGUGAUCUAUACGACGUCAUUGUCCCUGAGGUGGGUGUGGAGGAGGACUGUGUCCAGAGGGUGGUUUCCCAGCUGUGCGGUGCCCUAACCCACCUCCACUCCCUGGGCUUCGUCCACCGUGACGUCAAGCCCGAGAACAUCUUCCUGGUCGACGCUGCCUGCCACUGGGUCAAACUGGGCGACUUUGGCAUGGCCAAGGCCACGGGAACCAAGGUACCUGGUGUGUGGUACAGUUCUGCUUACUGUACGCCCGAGGCAGAGAUAUCAAAGGAGUCAGAGGAUAGUAGACAUAAUACUGCUUCAAAACCAGAUGGAGGAAAUGGGUUGGACAGCAAGAUCAAGCGGGUGUGGGUGUCGGUGGAGGCCAGUACAGACUGCUGGGCCUUGGGGAUCCUCACCUACGCCAUGCUGACUGGCAGUCUACCCUGGACGCAGACAGCGUCCGACGACCGCUCUUACAUCAAGUACAAAGAGUGGUUUGACCAGCAGAAAGAUCAAGAAGGUCAGGACGAUGAACUAGACCUAUGGGGGGAAGGAAAAGACGAGGCCAUCAUGAUGAGUUUGGAUGAAGACAAGCAGAAUCGGAGCAAGAGAAAAUCCCAUCCGGUCGCCCCCCAGUUUGCCUGUUUCACCCCACUGGCCAGUUCCCUUUUCCUGUCACUACUUCACCCGCAGCCUAGGCUUCGCGGUAGGCCCGACGAUGUGCUGGGCUACCUGGGAGGAGACUGGUUGCAGGUGAAGGAGAAGAUACAGCUGGAGGAGGAGGAGGAGAAGAAGAAAAUGAGAGGGCGAGAGGUCAUCAGCAACGAGAAAGAGAGGGAGGGAAGGGGAGAGGGAUAAAGGAGUGGCGACACACGAUCAUGAACUCAGAAACUCAGAGGUGAAAGAGACAAUAUUUGUUGCCCUCCCAGAAGACAAUACAUAUCCUCUGAUGUGUCACAUUGUUGCUUAAAAAGACAUUGUACCGUAUAUAAUACCACUACACUUGCACUUACUAUAAGAUAAAUAGCCAUCAAGUCAUUGUUGAUACUGGAUAGCAUUUGGGGAUAGACACAGCUGCAAUUGGCUACUUUAGGGACUUGUAAGCACUUUAAAAGUAUCAUUUCGAUGUGUUCAAUCUAGUAAAUUCUAAGUGUGACUUGAUGAUGGUGUUUCUGUAUUCUAAUGUUUUUUUAAAUAAUAUGUAAAUGUCAUCUGUAUGUCAUAUAAUUUCUUGUGGUUGGAAUUGAGUCUAAUAAACAUUGUAUUAUGAAUUAUCA